CUGAUCACGAACAACUCGCCGCGUGGCAGGCAUUUGGUCCUACUCUCUGGACCGAAGUGGAGGAGCUAAGGAGACAGCAGGAAAGCAAGCGUAUAUGAUCCUAGCGAGGCGCCCGCGAAGUUACCGCCUCCGGCACAAAUUCCCGAUCCCGAUAUCUCAAAUCUGUGCCCUAAUGCAUCUUUAGCCGCCGUCUCCAUUGUUCGUGUUCUACGAAUACUGUGAAGAAAGUCGAUGGGGACUCUGCCGAGCUCUAACUUCAUCAAUUUGAGCUUCGGGUUCCGCCUUCUGCAGGGUGGUGGACGAUUUAGGGGGGAGAGGAGGUGGGUUGUGAAGGAGAAGAAGUGGAGGAAGCUUUGCGUGCAGUGCGAGAAGAGGUCGCUGGAAAUGUGGAGGGUUAGGAGGAGGCGGUGGUUUGAUAAAGUUCGGUGCUUUUCGCUAAGCGAUGGUGAAGGAGAGGAAGAUAGGAGGUCGGGGCCCUCGAGUAGCUCUGGUGAAGAAGUGGAGCACAGGGGUGGUGGUAGUGAUGAUGAUGUACGGUCCGAGAGGACACGUGCAUCUGUUUCUCCGAGGCCACCUAUCUCUUUAGAAGGACCGGUUUACAAUAGCUUUCAGGUUGAUUCAUUCAAAUUGAUGGAACUCCUUGGGCCUGAAAAGGUAGAUCCAUCUGACGUGAAGCUAAUAAAGGAAAAUCUUUUUGGCUAUUCAACUUUUUGGGUGACGAAGGAGGAGCCAUUUGGUGAUCUUAAUGAAGGAAUUCUUUUUCUUGGGAAUCUGCGGGGAAAUAGGGAACAUGUUUUUGCUAAACUUCAACAUAAGCUCCAUGAAGUCGUAGGAGGCAAAUAUAAUCUAUUUAUGGUGGAGGAACCCAAUUCAGAAGGACCCGACCCAAGGGGCGGACCACGUGUAAGUUUUGGAUUGCUGCGAAAAGAAGUUUCUGAACCAGGACCAACGUCUCUAUGGCAAUAUGUUAUUGCUCUCCUCCUAUUUGUCCUUACAAUUGGUUCUUGCGUAGAGCUUGGAAUUGCAUCUCAGAUUAGCAGCCUUCCUCCAGUAGUGGUGAAGUACUUCACAGAUCCAGAUGCUAUAGAACCACCUGAUAUGCAACUUUUAUUCCCCUAUGUGGAAACAGCUUUACCUCUGGCAUACACUGUCUUAGCUGUUCAGCUAAUACAUGAGAUUGGUCAUUUUGCGGUAGCAUUUUCUAAAAAAGUGAAGUUGGGCAUUCCUUUCUUCAUUCCAAAUAUUACACUAGGUAGCUUUGGUGCAAUCACCCAGUUUAAAUCUAUUCUUCCUGAUCGGAGGACAAAGGUUGACAUUUCCAUGGCUGGACCAUUAGCUGGUGCUGCACUCUCCUUUUCAAUGUUUUGUGUCGGCUUAUUGCUUUCAUCAAAUCCAGCUGCUGCAGGUGAUUUGGUUGAAGUUCCUAGCAUGCUUUUCCAGGGAUCGCUUCUCCUUGGACUAAUUAGUCGAGCAACUCUUGGCCACACAGCCAUGCAUGCUGCCACUGUUUCGAUCCACCCUCUUGUAAUAGGUGGCUGGUGUGGCUUAACCACUACUGCCUUCAAUAUGCUUCCUGUAGGGUGUCUUGAUGGUGGAAGGGCAGUACAGGGAGCUUUUGGAAAGAAUGUGCUGUUUGCUUUCGGCUUGGCAACAUACCUGAUGCUUGGACUAGGAGUGCUUGGUGGACCAUUAUCACUUCCCUGGGGCCUGUAUGUGCUAAUAUGCCAGAGAACUCCAGAGAAGCCAUGCCUAAAUGAUGUUACAGGGGUGGGAAAAUUGAGGCAAACAGCUUUAAUAGCAACUAUUUCUCUUGUUGUUUUUACUCUUCUUCCAGUGUGGGAUGAGCUUGCUGAGGAGUUAGGUAUAGGCCUUACAACUGCAUUUUGACUUAGUUUUGCUGAAAUUUUGGCUUUAUAUGGAAACCCAAUUUUGUAUUGAUUUUGAUUGUAUUGAACAAAUAAGUUUUCAUGCAAUUAUGCAUCAAUAAAUGUUGACCUAAUUGAUCAAAGUAUAUUGUAAUUGUCUUUCUUUGUAGAUUUUGAGUUCAUAUUAGAAAUCCAUUUUGAUGGUUGCAGUUGUUUGCAAAA